AACACCACACCUUAUUUCUGUUCAUGUAAUAUGUGUACUACAUGCGUGUGGGUUGUCAUUGUAUUGUAUUGAAAUAUUUCAUCAGAAAUGUGCAUGCUACAACGAAUUAUCCGGUCAGAAGACCAUUACUCAUUCAUAAAAUCUUUUCUGGUAAAUAUUGCACAACACCAAUCACAUGCCUAACACUCCUUGUGGCUAUUUAUAAACACGGUAUUACCUAUUAUUCUAAAAAUAGACCCUUGCAAUAUUGACGAGACAUAAGUAAAAUGGCUCAGCUCACGGUCACAUGCGUCAUUUUAUUUUCAUGUUACAUUUCACUAUGUUCUUCCGUUUUGGAAUUACCGCCGGAUGGUUUCUGGUUCAACUGUGGAUUUGACUUCUGUAAGUUUCCUGCUGAAUAUUGUCGAGUGAUAACGGGACAACGACCUUCGUGUCACGCGUGUAGCCAGGAUGAGUGUAACGCCUUGGACACACCGUCACAAUGCUAUACGCAGUGUAAGGAACUUGAGCGCGGUGGCCCUGAUACCAGUACUGGAAACUUGAUGAAAGGGGCACUGCAGGAGGGCAAAGCGGAAGAGAAUCUUACAUCAUCACACAGCAUUGCAUCAUUGAUAGAAAGCAAUAAAUGGCAAUGGAUAGCUAUAUGCAUCCUGUUUUUAAUUGUUGUCCUCUGCUUAGUAUCCAUUGCUGUUUCACUGGUAAGGAUACGCAAUUAUAAGCGAGAAUUGAUCCGAAAGAAUCAUGCAGAAGGCAUGCAGGAGACGAAGAGAUCAAAUCCAGUAAAACAUGGUAACACUAGGGAAGAUGGGGGUCUUCAAGGAGUAACUGUUGAGCCUACGUCACCAAAUCCUCCGACAGAGGAAGUACCACUGCUGCCUCGACAUGGAAACAAACAGGACAAAUCAACGGUGCUCUGUCAACCAAGCAAACAGUCAGGUAAUGUGGAGUGUCAAUUUUCACCGAAACUUAUGGACGACGGAAGUACUGGCAUGGGUAGACAUAUGGAACAUUCCACCGACAGUUCACCAGACUCCGAUAUAGAGCCAAUCAUCACUCAACCUAUAGAGGAUCCUAAGCCAUCCCACAAGGCCGACUGCAUCCUCCUGGAACAGAAUAACACUCAACAGAGCACAGUGACUUCAAAUGAUUCCAGUGAAAGACGUCAUUCUAUCGAUGAAAGAGAAACAAUGAUAAAAACUAUCUUCGAACUCACAGAAGACCAGGAUCAAGUGUCUCUACCGGGAGAUAUCGAAAUGCAGGUACAAAAUAGACCCCGUUCAUCCUCGAGAUUUAGUAACAUAACGCCUACAGCUUCUACAGCCGAAUCGUCCUGCAGUCUAUCUUCUGACAGCACCAGCAGAAUCUCUACAUCAGACAGCGGUCACUACGGGACAGGGAAUUCCAGUCAAAAUGAAAGCGUCGAUCUGAAGAACUGCGUCACACCGCAACGUGACAUUAAUAGGCAGGAAGUGGACGUUUGACCGGGAUCAUUAUUUAGUGUACUUUUGGUACUAAGGCCAGUUAUAUUAAGUUUUAGACAAGUUUGAUUUUUUUUUUUUUUAGAAAGUUCACCCUUUGUCUGAUGUAAGGUCGCAUAUACAGGCAAUUUAAGGAUUGCAGGACAACGUCUGUGUUGAUAGAUACACUGCUUGUGGGCACAUUCUCGUUGUGCACAUGCACCAGUUAUCAUGAUUUAUUCGGUGCCAUAAUGCAUGCGCUUUGUUCGUGGUGAUUUUGCAAGACAAAUAUUACAUCACUUUCGUUUAUGAUAUAUCAAGCGAUUUUAUCGAUAAACGAAAGUAAACCUUCAGCGGUUUAUUUCCUAACAAAGAACCUUGCUGUGCUGCGCGAAACGCUCUACAAAAUACAUCUGACGGCGUCCGUGUCACGGUCGCCAGGGUCAGUUUGGCGUUUUUAUUCAGAUAACAAUCAUCAAACAUUAUCACGGUUUUCGCUUCGUAAUUGUCUUAAUUUGAAGGAGUUAUUAAAAUAACAUUGUUUUAAGUCAUGCCUAGAAUUUUAAAUCACGUUACAUAUCCGUAACAUGUGGAAACCUUAACCUUUACGGAAAUAGACCUUUGGGUUUUUACAAGUCUAAACUUUAUUCGCAGGACUGAUUAAUUCGGGAAAGUAUUGUUAAAAUGAAUAUAUCUGAAUUAAUAUAUUAAUAUUAAUAAUAAAUGGUCGACAACCAGUAUCUUCCCUGAGUGUGUCGAAUAGAAGGGAGAGCCAAAUUACCCAUAAUGCUUUGCGUUGUGCUUGCAUGUCAGUGUAAAAAGCGUUAGAAUGCAGAUCUGUUAUAAUUGUAUCUUUACUGAACAAUUAGUUCUACAACUACAAGGCUUUGUCUGUGAUCUAUAAUACAAAUUUGUAAGCAUUUCCUCUUGUGUUUGUUUGGUCUUGUUUUGAAAUAAAAAAAAGAGUAAACGUCCAACUUGAUUACGGGUUUUUCAUCUUUAAGUGG